AUGAAUGAUUUUGUACAUGAAGACGGCCAGGGAAACCUUUUUAACGACAAAGGCAUGGCUGUUGCAGUCGUGGAAAUGGAAGUAGAUGAAGAGAUGUAUCCCAUUGAAACGGUGACAAAUUUUGGGAUGUACCAGGAGCUCAAACCACCUGAAAAGCCCGAGAAAAACAAUGAAAAGAAAGAAGACAGAGGAGAUGUCAAGCUAGAGAACAAUACGACAACCCGUAUCUACAAAAGUUACAAGGAAGUAGAGAAGGAGCAACUGUUUGCUUUGGUCUAUGAAAAAGGCAUGAGUGCUAGAGAAGCAGCCCUGUAA